UAGGGCGCCUCUGAGCUCUAAUGGGUAGCUGACGUUAGUUGGGGAAAGUAAAGGCGGUGGGUCGUUGUGCUGGCCACAUGGCACCCUUGUUAACCGUGUGCUACAGAAACAGAUGACCUUUAUAUCAUCUGGCCUAUAGUUUAAAAGGACUGAAAGGGGAAAUUUACUUUUACACAAGGUCCACACACAAGGUCCACAGGACUCGCAAAGACCUUUCUUCAUGGAACAGCACCAGGAAGAAGAAGAAAAAGAAGCGGAAGACAAAGAAAGCGAUGAAAAGACAGCACCGAAGAAAUGACAAUGCCAAGGACAGAAAGGAAUGGAGAAAGACGGUUGACAGAUCUUGUGUGGUGCCCCAGUGCUCCAACAGAUUAUGGGCUAGGUGAAGGAGAUAUAAAGGCAUUCAGUAAUACCAGUACUUAUCAUUGCAAGACUGAGCCUUGCCUGCAAAGCUCAGAACAAUUUGGAAAGACAAAUGCUUAGUCCGCGGCACUAAAAUCAGAUUGGUGUCUCCUGGGUCAUGGCCACAUUCAUAUAUGCAUAAGAAUCUUGAAAUCAGAGCUAGAGAGAAGGAUCCUAGCAAUGGAAUUGAGAUGCUAUAUUAGGAUAAUAGGUAUCACCUACAAAGACCACAUCACGAGGAUUCAUGCGAAGAUUUGAAACAGGAACUCAUUGGUUAAUGGGCCCCACGAGGAACUGCUGACCACUGUAAAAAAAAAAAACGCAAACUAAAACUUUAUGGCCAUAUCACUAUGUCCACAGGGCUCGCAAAGACCUUCCUUCAAGGAACAGUACCAAGAAAAAGAAAAAGAGACAAAACAGAGAAAACGAUGGGAGGACAACAUUAAGGAAUGCACAUGCAAGAGAUUCUAUUCAAGACAAUAGACAAAUAGACAAUAGACAAAGAGGAUUGGAGACAGAUGAUCGACAGAUCAUGUGCGAUGCCCCAACGAUCCAUCAGACUAAAGGAUAGGUGAAGACAAGAAAAAGAAGUGAUGAGAAUGCUAUCAGAGAUGAACCAGACAAUUUCAGGUGUGGACAAAGGUGGCCAAUCUAAGGAUGUCCUCCAGUUUGUUUCAUCCACUUUGCCAUGGCUGGCCAAACUGGACGCGCUGGGGAACUACUUUACCGGCGGAAACUUCCUGGGUGCGAAUAAAUACCACCAGAAGUACACUCACGGCGUCCUGUCUAUUCUUACCCACUUUCAAGACCUCGGCGGAAUUUUCGCGGAUUGUCUUCAGGAUGUUGGCUUCGAUCAUCGUCAGGCUGUAUCCCCGGAAAUGACGUAUGAAAACCGAUUUCUUUGGGACAGAUCACGUGACGGAAUAUACCGGCACAAGCACAAGUUCAAGCUCCACUACGGUACAGCGGCAUUUUUCUCUUGCGACGCCCUUGGGGUAGCCAGUGAUAAAAAAUGCGGGCACGUGCUUCUCAUGCAGGACCCAAUUCGGAUGGCCAUGGCUCAGUAUGGCUCCUGUCAUGUGGAGCUUCGAGAUGACCCCUGGUGUCGGCUAGCUCGUUCCCCUGGAGUGAGUGUUGAAGAAUGGAUCAUCGCCAGAGGAAAUCCAGUCUUUAAAAGUCUAGUCUACAACCCUAUUUUAUGUUUGCACAGCAAAGCGUCCUGCGAAGAGAACCUCCACACGUUUCUCGCAAACUUGACCUCAACCAACAACACAAACUUAGUGUCUUACAUCAUAGGCAAUCUAGACUCUUGGUUCUCCAUGGUCGGCCUUCACGAGCAUCUGGCAGACUCACUGGCAAUGCUGCACCAUGUUACGAGGCUUCCUCUCCACCAGUGUCAUCAGCUUUCUCACCUCGCCUCCUCGGUGCCACGUCAAAAACCUUUGGCCUCAAGCAGGCACUCAAAGCUGCCCUCUUUGCCUUCGUUGGUAGAAAACAGCCAAUCAGAUGUCUCGUUUUUAGUGGAGCUCAGUGUCGCGGAGAAUAAGUUGAUCUCUAGUUUGCCGGCGCUGGAACUUCAACAGUCCGCUAACAGUGAGUCUGAUAGGGAUCGGACUUUACCUGAUGUAGACGUGGUUGACUUUGACGUCUGGGAAGCCAACCAUCAAAAAAAUACUUCCACUGGAGCCAGCAUUAUUGUUGACAAUUACUCAGAUGUUGACAUGCUUCAAAAUGAAGACAAUUUUAAAGACUUGAAUCUCAAUGAUACGGGUAUAAGUGAUGACUAUGAAGAUUACGAUAAUGAUGAAGAUGAAUCACAAGAGAAGCUCAGAGAAGUAAUGGAGGAUCACCAACUGACUUCUGACACCAGAAGAUAUUUAGAGACCAACAGACAAAAAGAGAACUUGUAUAUUACACUCUCCAGAAAUCAAAAAGUUCUGAAUGCAUUGUCUUUGGACCUUAACCUCUACGAGGCAGUGAAGAGACUAUACAGUAUUCAGUCACGUAUCUUUUUUAACUCCAUCCACCAUUGACAAAAACUAAAUGUUUUAAGAACAAAUGUUUUACUCAAGUCAGAGCUUAACUGAAACGAAGUUUCUGUCACUGUGAUAUUGACAUGAUAAUGGCGGUCUCUCUGCUCUCUUGCUAUUCCAACAAAGCUCCUAGAGCAAGUCAAGGGCAGUUCUCUGGAUUAGCCAAUGUUUAGGAGGGAAUCAAGUUGACAACCCAACGUCCAGGCUUACAGUGCCUGAUGUCCAAGCCUACAGUGCCGAAUAAAAAUCCCAUAAUUUCCAACAGACUCAAAAAAAGGUUUGCAACAUUCAGACUUAAACAUUGAUCCACAUUGUACUAACAUUCUCAAUGAUGCUGUUUUAAGCAUUAAGUAAAAAGGCAGAGAGUUUUUUUGUGUUUUUUGUUUGCAAGUCAGUAGAAAACUUGAGCGAUGGUUCUCCAGUCUGUCACACUAAUUACUUUAUAAUCUAUUUGUUUUCCUUAUCGAUUUAGUUAUUUUCAAUUAAUUGUCAUAUUUAAAUAACCUGUCAGACCUAUCUUCAGUCAUUUCAACUUUCUCAGAAGGGAAUUGAUUUCAGAUGUUGUCUUCAAAUGAGGGUAAAAGAAAAGUCUAUUUACUUAGAGUUAGAAGGGGAUUUUUUUUUUUGUGUGUGCUUGUCUGGGGAGAUGUGAAAUGUGUUAUAUCCAAACCUUGUCUGGGGAGAUGUGAAAUGUGUUAUAUCCAAACCUUGUCUGGGGAGAUGUGAAAUGUGUUAUAUCCAAACCUAGUCUGAAAAGUGUUAAGAAAAAGAGGAUCCCAUCCCUCUUGACAAGACUUUUCUGUGUGUACUGGUGUUAAAGUAUUUAUUAUUUCAAUUAGCAAGAGUAUUAUAAUUGCAUAUAAUUUGUUAUUAUGUUAGCCAACAUCUUCAUUGACAUUGUUAUAAUCUUAUCUGCCAUUUGCUCAUGAGUUGUUACCUAUGUGUUGGCAUUGAUUUAUUUUAAGUUUUUUGUUACUAUAACACUGAAGUGGCUGAAUCUGUGCAGUGUAGAAAUGGGGGGGGGGUCAAAGGUUAGUAAGGAGGGGUGGGAGAAAAGGAGAAGAGAGUUCAUAUCAAAUAUACUUUACAAAGAAAGUGGGGGCAAUGUUGGCUGAGUGGUUAAGUACCAGCUUCCAAACCUGGGAUUCUGGGUUCAAAUCUCUGUUAAGAUUGGGAUUUGAAUUUCCGGAUCCUUAAGGGUGCCCUUGAGUCCACCCAACUCUAAUGGGUACCUGACUUUAGUUGGGGAAAGUAACAGACGGUUGGUCGUUGUGCUGGCUACAUGACACCCUGCUCAUUAACCGUUGGCCAAAGGAACAGAUGACCUUAACAUCAUCUGCCCUAUUGAUAAUAAGGUCUGAAAAGGGAACAUUAUUUUUAAUUUUAAGACUUAAAUGUCAGUGAGAAUGUAAGCCACUGACAUGGAAAAAAGGACCCCAAAGAAUAAAUGUUCAACUUUCAGAAAGGGUGAGAAGAGACAACUUUCCUAAAACCUGCCACUGAAUGUGUAUAGCGAGUUUUUUAUCAAAACUGAGUGCAAUCAUAACACUUUAAAAAGUGAAAAGAAAUAAACACAAAGAAAGAAUAUAA